AUGGGCGAAUUCAAAACGAGCUCGCAUCUUACUGCGGGUUUUGUUGGUGGCCUAGCAUCUGCAGUUUUGCUACAACCCUUGGAUUUGUUAAAGACCAGGUUGCAGCAAACGCCUGGGUCAACUCUGAUGGAAACAGUCAGGGGACUCCGCAGUCCGCUAGAACUCUGGCGAGGCACUCUACCGUCGGCAUUGCGGACAUCAUUGGGGGCAUCUAUGUAUCUUACCAGCUUGAGCAAAAUGCGAGCGUCUCUUGCCAAUUAUACCAAACCUGAGGAGGGGUACUCGAGCGAACUGCCAAAACUCAGCAGCCAAGCGAACUUGGCAACCGGUGCAGUGGCUCGAGGAUUAGUGGGGUUCAUUACAAUGCCAAUAACAGUUGUGAAAGUCAGAUUCGAGUCCUCUCUCUAUCACUAUAAAAGCAUGGCCGAGGCAGUAAAGGCGCUCUACGUCGAACGAGGUAUCCGAGGGUUCUUCUACGGAUACGGCGUUACGCUCACUAGAGAUGCGCCAUAUGCCGGGCUAUAUGUUUUAUUUUAUGAGCAGUGUAAAGACCUGCUGAAUGACCUCUUCCCGGCUGGUGAUGCCCACCGCAAGAUCACGACCUCAGCGGCGUUGAAUUCGCUGUCGGCCGUGAGUGCCGCAGUAGCCGCUACCACCAUCACAUCACCGUUCGAUACGAUCAAAACCCGUGUACAGCUGAAUCCAGAAAAGUACAAAUCCUUCUUAACUGCUAUCCGUCUAAUUAUCAAAAAGGAGUCUUUCAUGAGCCUCUUUUCGGGCCUUUCCUUGCGGCUGACGCGAAAAGCCCUCAGUUCCGGCGUGAGCUGGUGUAUUUAUGAGGAACUGGUUCGUCUUAAUGCGUUUAAAGGAAACAUUGCCUUAUGA